GGGAAUUCCCAAGUUAUUUUCUCUCUGUUUAGUCUGACCCCAGCACUUUAGCACUCCAUUUUACGAUUCAAGGCUGGGGUAAGAAAUGACAAUAGAAAUUUAACAGCAAGAGUUUAAAAAAAGGAAUAAUUAUGGAUCGUGAAGACGAACUUCUAAGAUCCCAAUAUCAAACUCUUAAGGAUUUAGGAUUAUUCAGUGAACCAAUAGAGCGAUAUGUUAGUAGGAACGAAGAUGAUGGGUACUUAUGUGAUACACAGCAAGAUAGUAAGCCUAAUCAAGUCGACUAUCAGGGAAGCCCGAAACGGUACGAUUCAGAGGAAUACCUCUGUGACACACAGGACAAUGCUAGGGCUUUCUAUCACUCUCCACCCCGUUCUCCAGUUAAUGAUUUCCGGUUUAAAUCUCAACAAUCAGAUGAUGAUAAUGGUUAUACGUCACCAGACAACGAUUCUGAUAAUGACGAUGACGUACGACCACACAGAACAAAUCCUGCGUAUGAUUCUGACGAAAGUACGUCCUCUUUGACCCAUGCCAGACACUUUCCUCAAUCAUACACCUCACCAGAAUGCUCCCCGUUACAACCGCGGAGAAAUUCAAAAGCCACUUCAUCAUCAGUGAUUAAUGAUGAUUUGGAUGAAGAGGACCUGUACAGUCCUAGUGCCGACAAUGAUCCAGCGUUUGAUGCUAAACUGAUUCACAGGGCUGUUGGUCUGGACCCUUUUCCAGUUGGAAAGACUGGUCUACCAGUAAACUGGACCGAUUCAGCUUUAGCUUUCCAUAAAGUAGUUGAACUCCAUGCUGGCAAUCCAGAAUUCAAUCAAAUAUAUUCCACUAUUGGUGAUGCUGGUAUUACUGUAGAGAAUAUCGAACGAAUUGAAAACAAAUCCCUUCUUGAUAAGUUUCUAUUGGAAAUCGAUCAUAUGAAAAAAAGAAGAAAGUGUUCUGACGAAGGUAAAGUUCGAAAUGAAGAAUUUUUAAAGAUCUUAAUCGGGCGUGUUUCUGCCUACGCAGAAUAUGUUACAUACACAAACUCACGAGCUCUCCCAGAGUACUUCAUCACAGUUGAAACAAAUUCAGAUACAUGUAAAAGCAACCGGUCUACUGUUAAGGAAACCAGACCAAAGAAGCCCCCAGAGACACUGACUAUGCCUAAGCCCACGUCUACAUCAUCUAAAGAACCACCAACGAAAGUGAAACCUAAACCUAAACCAAAGACUGCAUUAGCAGCUACUGCUGCAGUAAGUAGCCCAACCGAUACUAAACGUAUGUCUCCUUGCCUAAACCAAACCAUAACCACUGAAGGACAGGUUAGACCUACAACAACAAGCAGUGACAUGCAUGCGAAAACCAAGUCCACUGAUAUGCCCCUAACUUGGGGUAAAAUAACUGACGACGAAUUUGAAAACAAAAUCGCAAAACUUCGUGCAACUUUGCGGAAGAAGAAAAUGGGAAAUGCUUCCCCAAAUGCAGGUGGAUCUGGAUGAUCAAAGGCAGCUUUCAACAAAGAAGGUUGAACUUGAAAAAAAAUUGGUAAAAUUUAUGGAAGUUACUCAAUGCCGAGACGAAGAUAAAGGAAGAGAAAUUUUAAGUGACUGUAACCUUAAUUUACAUAACGCAAUUGGACAGUAUUUCAGCUGAUAAUGAGUCCAAGG